AGGAAAUAUCAAGUGAUUCCGACUAUCGAAAAGCUCCCUACAAGUCUUUCUUUCCUCAUUUUUGAAGCCCAUCUACCCGAGUCCACGAUUCUUCACCUUCGCCCUUUUCACUGCUUCAUUCCCUGUUCGGGCUUCACCCUAAUCCACCAUGACCGAUGCUCUCACAAAGCCGAAGAAGUGGGAUGCCCGCUACCUGAACCCCUCCUGCCCGCAUGACACGAACUACUACAUCAAGUGCAUCGGUGGCGGCGUUCUCGCGUGUGGCACCACCCACACCGCCGUGUGUCCCCUCGAUGUCGUGAAGUGCAACAUGCAGGUGAGCCCCGAACGGUUCAAGUCGCUGGGUCAGGGCAUGAAGCUGAUUAUCCGCGAGGAGGGCUUUGGCGCCCACGGCAUUCUCAAGGGCUGGCUGCCGACCUUCUUUGGCUACUCCGUUCAAGGUGCCGGGAAGUUUGGACUCUACGAACUCUUCAAGGACUUCUACUCGAAUUUGGCAGGGGAGAAGAUUACGACGGAGUGGGGUGGUGUGAUCUGGCUCGCCGGCUCGGCCUCCGCGGAGUUCUUCGCCGACAUGGGCCUGUGCCCGUUUGAGAUGGUGAAGGUGAAGGUGCAGACCUCUCCCAAAGGCACCUUCCCCACCGGCAUGUUCGCCGCCAUGUCCGCCAUGCGCGCUAAUCCGUCCACCGGUUUCCCGUUCAAGUCGCUGACGCCGCUGUGGUGCCGCCAGAUCCCUUACACGAUGGCCAAGUUCUACUUCUUUGAGCGAAUCGUUCGCACCUUCUACCAGUACGUCUUCACGAAGCCGCGGGACUCCUACAGCAAGGCCACUCAGCUUUCGAUCACCUUUGCUUCCGGUUACCUCGCCGGUAUUAUUUGCGCCAUUGUCUCUCACCCUGCUGACACUUUGGUGUCUGCGCGCGGUAAGGCUAGCAACGCCGGCAAGGGCUACGGCCAGAUUGCGAAGGAGAUGGGCUACACGACGAUUUGCACCAAGGGCCUGGGCACUCGUAUUCUGAUGAUCGGUACGCUGACGGGUCUGCAGUGGUGGAUCUACGACUCGUACAAGACCGCCCUCGGCAUGGGCACCAGCGGCCACUAG